CCGACCAUGAACCGAACGUUGCCAUUUUUUGGGAUUACGAGAACUGUACGCCUCCAAGCGCGUCUCCAGGCUAUGACAUCAUCGAUAAUAUCCGGCAGAUCGCACAUGAGUACGGCAGCGUAAAGCUCUUCAAGGCUUACCUCCAGAUAUCGGAGCAGUUGUCAUCGAAUUCCAAUCGUCUGCGCUCCGAGCUUCAGUCCUGUGGCGUGUCACUGACAGACUGUCCGCAUAAUGGAAGGAAGGAUGUUGCUGACAAGAUGAUGACUGGUGAGUAAAUAUGACUUUCGACUGACUCAGAUAAUAGGGAUAUCGCCAGUCUAACUCGCGAGCCAGUUGAUAUGCUGAUGUAUGCGAUUGACACUCCCGCCCCAGCCACACUAAUCGUGAUCUCUGGAGAUCGUGAUUUUGUAUAUGCCGUCUCUAUGUUGCGAUGGCGCAAAUAUCGUGUCGUGGUCGUCGCGCCUAGCAAUUCACACCUCAGUAUGCGAUCUCAAGCAUCCACAGUCCUAGAUUGGGAAGUGGAUGUUUUGAAGAAGGCUC